AUGGUUAGUGCUUCGGAUGCUUUGAUAACCAUCUCGGAUAACAUACUUAACCAGAUCGAUGAGUUGAACAGGGUUGAGUAUAAUAAAAAGGGACGUAAGUAUAAGUUCGUGAACAAUAACUUUCAAAGAAUUAGAGAAGAAGAUAAACAUUUAAUCAUAUAUCCAGAGAAUUUGGAAGAAAAUUUAUCAAUUAUAUCUUCUUAUUCGAUUUUGACAAAUAUCAAUGAUGGUGCUAUCUUGAAUGAGUUUCAUGACUUCUGUUUGUCUAUCAUUGGGGUUGCUAAAUUAUUAGAGAUUAAUCAAUGGUACGAAGAAGAAAAUUCAUCAGUUAUAAAUUAUAAGAUUUCUAAAUUUCAAUAUGACGAAUCAUUGAAAGAACAAGCUUUAAAUUAUUAUUCUAAUAAGAACGAAUCGCAUUUAGAAAUGGGUCUUAACUUAUUGGUUUGUGCUAAAUUGAAUUUCUUACAUACUGAUCAUCAUAUUGGUACAAAAUUAGAAGGAUAUUAUAUGAAACAUUUCAUUAAUAAAUAUUUUGGAAUUGAAGCACUCAAUUCCAAUGAUGUUUUGGUUGCUUUGAAAUCAUUCGUUCAUUGGGGGAAUAUUAAAGGUAUUUUAUAUAAAUUAGAAGUUCCAAAUAUAAAUAUUGAUGAAGAAUUGAAAUUGAAAUUUGAUAAAUUUCCUGAUCCUUUACAAGAAUUGAAGUUGAAUGUGUAUGAUAGAUACCCAAGUGGUACUUCGAAAUACUCCUUAAUCAGAAAGUCAAUUGAUAUUUUGGCUGAUUACCGUUUUUCAAAAUUAAUUCCUUAUCCAACUGAUGAAACUUUUGAUCUCAAUUGGAUUUAUGAUUUAUGUCAUAAUAUUGAAACCAAUCCAAUUAAAUACCAUUUAAGAUCCUCGAUCAAGGGAUUAUGUGUUGAUUCGGUGAAUUUAAAUGAAUUAUCUGCAAAUCAUUCAAAACAAAUCAAAAAUUUAUUAAAUUUCAUUAGUUUAAUUAUUAAUAUUUUUGAUAACACCGGUGGUGAGUUUUUAUUACAAAAUUCUAAAAUUCCGAAAUUUAAUGAUAACUUAAUCAAUAAUAAUAAGGAAUUCCAUGAUCAAUUGAUUGAUAUAAAGUUCCAAAUCGACCAAUAUGAACAAAAAAAUUGGGAUGCUGAUGAUAUCAUUCUAAGAUUAGCCACCAGUUCGGAUCAAAACUUAUUUGACCGAGUCAUGGAAAUGAGAGAGAAGUAUGUGGAAGAUUAUGAGUAG